CAACUGCAAAACGAGCGUGGCAACGAUCCUGUUUGGCUAUAAUCAAAAAAAAGGGUUUCAGUUUGCAUUGAAGAAUCGCUUAUCAGCAUGUCCAGCACUUAUUUCAACGAUAUCUGGCACCAAUCCCAGCAUGAAUGCGAGCUGCUGUCCACCAUUGACUACGAGAGGCAGCACCAGGAUGUGGAGACAACGGUGGCCACCAUGAAUGCCGCAGUCGGCUCCGUCGCCGCCGAUGCGGAUGCCAAGGCCCUGCUGCAGUCGAGUCUGUACGAGUUUUAUCUGCGCUAUAUCUGUCUGAGCAAUCGCCUGGAGGAUGUUUACGAUAAUAUGAUCCAGCCCCAGAAGCGUCAGUUGGUACGCAAAUUGUUGGACGCCUGUCUGGGUCGUGUGGUUGAGCUGAAGCACGAUCUCGUGAACAUUGAUCUGAUGGAGUUCAGCUACAACGACGAGGUGGUGGAGCGUCUGCGGCUGACACCCAUGGAGACGGAGCUGCGCAUUCCCCGCUACUUCCUUCGCGAGCGGCAGCAGGAAUUGGAGUUCCGCAAGAAGACAAUGCAGGAGAUCCUGGUGAAACUGGGCUGGCUGGAGGAGCACGAGCUGGAGGAGACGGUGACCACCGAGAUCGAGGCCAUUCGAAUGCUGCAGAUGCACGAGCGUGCGCGUCAGGGACGUUUGCGUGCCCACUUCAUGAAGGAGAUUAGAAUACUCAAGGAGAAGGGUAAGUCGGAGGAGCGGAGCGAAAAGGAGCGCAGUGACUCCGGUCUCUUGGCCGCCAUGAAGAUCCAGAAAAUGUGGCGUGGCCACACAGCCAGGCGGAUCACACGUCGCCGCAAGAUGGAGGAGAUGAUCCUGAUUGGCAUGCUCCCGCCGCCGGCGGCGGUGGUCAAGGAACGGGCCGAAAAGCUGGAGAAGCUGCAGCACAACGAGAAGCGCUACCAGGCGCAAGCCCUUUACGGAGAACAGUUUGAGGAGCGACAACGAGCCUUACAGGAGGAGAUCCGGGCCAAGCACGGCGCCAGCAUGAAAGAGGACAUCGCCGACGAGAUCCGGGCCUGGGUGAAGGAUUGCUACGACAAGACGGGCAAGCUGCCCGACUUUCCCUCCGAGGAUCAGGGUGGCUCCCUGCACAUCUUCAGCAGACCCGGCACGGAGAGCGAGCACAGCCGCUCGUCAGCACGCUCCUCCAAGGAGUCGCGGAAGACGAAGGACAAGUCGAAAUCGCCGGCGCGCAGCGGUGACCUUAACGUCAACGAAAACCAGGAGGAGGAGGUCAGCUUCCAGCCGGCGCCAUCCGUCUGCCUGCCAGACAUUCGCGCUGAAAUCGAUCUCUUUAACGAUACCUGGCGCGACAAAGAUGAGACGGGGGUGCUGAGCCAGGCGGCCUACGAGGACAUGAUCUACAGCGACAAGUACCAGGAGGUGGAGCUGGAGUUCCGGCGUGCCGUCGACGAAGUGAUGCGCCAGGAGAUCGAACUGCUGCAGACGGCGGUCGGAAAGAAGGUUAAGAAGAGCAGCAAAAAGACUCGACGCUCCGGCAAGAAGAGCAAAAAGAAAAAGGAGAAGGAUCUCACGCCGGACCGCACCACGGAGUCGCUGUACGAGGAACUGGUCACGAAUGGCAUUAUUCGGAAACACCCGGAGCUGAGGAUGAAGCAGUUCCUGGGCGACAAGGCGCUGACCGCUCGGGAUGGCACGAAUCCCUCACCGGGCGACAUCCGCCAGAUCCUCACCGAGUACUGCAUCCUGCCGCUCGGCUCGGAAGCCAUCCACAAUUGCACACCACUCAUACGCUCCAUCCUGCUGGCCGGACCCAGGGGAUCUGGGAAAAAGGCCCUGCUCCAUGCCAUUUGCAUAGAGGUGGGCGCCGUGCUGUUCGAUCUGACCCCGGCUAAUAUUGUGGGAAAGUAUCCGGGCAAAUCGGGCCUCAUAAUGCUAAUUCACUUGGUCCUGAAAGUGUCCCGGCUGCUCCAGCCUGCCGUCAUCUACAUGGGCGAUGCAGAGCGACCGUUCAUGAAGAAAAUUCCGAAGACGGAUCGCACGGAUCCCAAGCGCUUGAAGAAAGAUCUGCCCAAGAUGAUCAAAAACAUAGCGCCCGAGGAUCGGGUCAUUUUCGUCGGCACCUCAAAUCUUCCCUGGGAGGCGGACCAAAAGCUGCUGCAGUCCGUCUACAAUCGUUUUAUCUAUAUUCCACGACCGGACUAUGGAGCCAUGUCGCAUGCCUGGAAAACAUUGCUGCACGAUUACUCUGGUGGCAUCUCCAAUCUGGACACCAGCGCCAUGGCCAAGAUAUCCGAUGGCUACACCAUUGGAGCCAUCGAUGCCUGCCUUAAGGAGGUGAUGACCUGCAAGCGAAAGCUGCAGCUUCGCACUCAGCCGCUCACCAAUGCCGAGCUUAUAAAUGUCCUGUGCUCGCGUGAUCCUGUCUACCGCGAGGAGGAGGAAGCCUUCGAGUCCUGGUGGUCAAAGACGCCACUGGGACGCCGUCGUCAACGGUUUUUGGAGCUGGAAGAGGAGCGUUUGGUGGAGGAGCAGGCACAGGCUGCCAAGCAAGGAAAUGGCAACAAAAAGAAGGGUCCCAACUAAAAGGUAAACAAGAAACUAUUCAUCUUUAAGCUUGGUUUAUAAUUGAUGAA